CAAAACAUAGAAAUUCAAAUAAAUACAAUGGAGGAGCUGCCACCAGGUUACCGCUUCUACCCGACAGAAGAAGAACUGGUCUCCUUCUACCUCCUUAACAAACUCGAAGGGAAGCGAGACGAUACUCGUCGCGUAAUCCCAGUCGUAGACAUUUACAGCAAAGAGCCAUGGGACCUUCCAAAGUUUUCAGGGGAGUUGUGCCAUGGAGACACAGAGCAAUGGUUUUUCUUCACACCAAGACAACAAAGAGAAGCCCAAGGAGGAAGGCCCAACAGGACCACAGCUUCUGGGUACUGGAAGGCCACAGGCUCUCCUGGGUAUGUUUACUCCUCAGAUAACAAGGUCAUUGGAGUGAAGAAAACCAUGGUUUUCUAUAAAGGCAAAGCUCCAACUGGACGGAAAACCAAAUGGAAGAUGAAUGAGUACAGAGCCAUUGAAGCAGAUAACCCAACUACCACUACCACUAGUGUCCCCAAGUACUUGAGGAAUGAAUUCAGAUUGUGCCGGGUGUACGUGGUAUCUGGGAGUUGUCGAGCAUUUGACAGACGACCAUUAGAAGGAAGUGGAGAGACGAAGCAUCAAUUGAGUGAGUCUAUGGGUGGAACAAGCACCUUUUCUCCGAAGGCUCCAAUGGUGGAGAAAGCAAGCUCAUCGGAUGAAACUUAUUCAUAUUCAGAAGAGCUUGCUGAUCUUCCAGAGACGUAUGCAGGGAUUAACAGUACUAAUUGGGAGAUUAUUGAAGGUCUUAAACAACCUCUAUGGGAAUGGGAACAAUUAAAUUUGCUUUAAUCUAAACCUGCAGCAGUGGAUAGCUAUCUAGUCAUAUCAAUCCAUUUGAGGAAGCAAGCAUAGGCCUAAUUUAAUUAAUUAGUUUUUUUUAUACAAAAGAUAUUCGAAAGAGUUAAAUUCGAACACACGAUCUUGAGUGUAGUAAAAUCUCGACGAUAAAGAAAAAUUCCUCUCUUCUUUAAAUUUGUGAAUUCUUUGUAACCACUCAUAGUCAUUAGUAUAUAUGUGAAAUUAAUAGUUAUAUUUAAAUCUUGGAAUAAAAAUGUUUGAAGGAGAUAUUUGUCA